ACGCCCACUGAGUGACACCAGAAGAAAUUGAAAGCCGCCGUUUCUUUGCUUUUCUUUUCUUUUCUUCUGCUUUCGCUCCAUUGAACAAACGCAGAAAAAAAUAAAUUCUUCAGUUUCUGUUUUGGUUGUAAAUCUGUUUUUCUUAAAUGAUUUCAAAUUUGUGAUGCCAAAUAGUCCCUAGAAAGAAAAAUAAAGAAAAUGGCUGCUCUUUACGUGUUGAAAUCCACUCUUUCUCCAAUUUCAAUUCAACAGAAAAAUUUUCCCGGGAAUUCAAAUCCCAGGAGAACAAUUCUCAAGUUGGAAAAUUUCACCUCAAGAAGAUACAUACAGAAGCAAAAGUUUAGUGUCUGUUGUUCAGUACAAGAAGGGGAUAAUCAGAACAAUGCUGAGGAAGCACCAGAAUCAUUGUUUAUGAAGGAAUUGAAGAGAAGAGGGAUGACACCAACUUCAUUACUUGAGGAUUCUAAUAAGGGUAGUUAUGGAUUGGAGGAUGAAUUUAAGAUUGGACAAGAAGAAGAUAGAGGUUUUUUUAAAAGAAAAGUAGUUUCAACUGAAUUUGAUAAAAGCCUUACUAAUCAAAGAGAGACAUCCAUGGCAUUGAAUAGUGAAGGACUUGAGGGUUUAAUUCCUCGUGCUAAACUAUUGCUUACCAUUGGAGGAACAUUCUUCUUGGGAUUUUGGCCAUUGAUUCUCGUAACUGUGGGGUUCUUUUCUGCACUGUACUUUUAUUUUGGAUCAACUUUCGUUCAUGAUGGAAGCAACACACCUAUCUCACCACCACCGUAUAUUGAUCCAUAUGAACUUCUGGAAGAUGAAAGAAUAUCUCAAAUAGCACCUAGUUUAAAAUGAAGGAUAAAGUGCUUCUACUAAUGCUAGAUUCUUAAAAUCUUCCACAGAUCUUAUGUAGUUUAUAACUCCCUGUUAAAUUCUUUCCCUGUGUAAAUACUUGUACCUAUCAGAAAGCUUACCAGCUUAAUAGUCAGCAUCUUUCAUACUGA